AUGGCGGCAGUGGGCUCAUCACCACCGGCAGAUGGCCAGCAUGAUCUAGCAGUGUUCCCCGAGGGCCUCAAGGGCAGGCGGGUGUUACUGUGCACCGAGUCUUUCGGUCCAGUCAACGGCGUCAGCAGGACCACUCUGAUGCUGGUCAACCACCUGCGCGCCAACGGGUGCCACGUCGCCGUCGUUGCGCCUCACAACCCGACCAAACUCAACACUUUUGUCCCCACGCUGGCACCUGCUGUGAGGUCGAGUAGCACGGCCUCGACUGGGAGCAUCACAACCACCACCACCACCAAGAAGAACAUUGAGGUCCGUCUGCACGGAUAUCCUGUGCCCUUCAACCCCGAACUGAGCAUCGUGUACCUCGUCAGGCUGUCGGCUCUCUACAGCCGCACGUUUGGCGGGCCCCCGGAUCUCAUCUACCUCGCCUCCCCCGCCAGCCUGGGCUUCCAGGUCAUGUUUCAGCUGCGCCAGAGGCCAGAGCGAGAGCAAAUCCCUGUCCUCUGUAACUUCCAGACCGACCUUGCUGGGUACUGCAAGACGUUGUUUCCCUUCCCUCUUGGCGGCAUCGCCGACUACGCCUUCGCGUCGGUCCAGAGCUUCCUAUUCCGGCAUGAGAGCGUCAAGACUAUCUUCUAUCCUAGCACCUAUGUGAGGCGUUAUCUGGAACGGCACCACGUCCCGGGUGACAAGAUGGAGAUCCUCACUCGAGGGGUCGACACAGAGCUAUUUAAACCUGACAGGAGGAACCAGUCACUUCGAGACCAUAUCGCACCGGACGGGGAGAUCAUCCUGAUCUGCGUCGCACGCCUGGCGGCAGAGAAGAGCUUCGACUUUCUGGCCAUGGUGGCCAAGGAGCUAAACCUCCGCGGGCUGAAGUUCAAGUUGUACAUCGUGGGGGGAAACCGUCAGGCAGAGGUCGAGACGGAGAUCAAGGGGCUCUUUGCCGAUCUCGAGGGACAAGGCAAGGUGAUCUUCGCAGGCUUCAGGGUGGGGGAGGAGCUUGCUGAGGCGUAUGCCAGCGCGGACCUUUUCCUGCACUGCUCCAUCUCCGAGACAUUUGGCCUCGUGGUGCUGGAGUCGUUUGCCUCGGGUGUGCCUGUCGUGGCACGAGACAUGGGAGGCCCGAGCAACACCGUCCAAGACGGGUACAGCGGCUUUCUCACGCCGCCGGACGACCUGUCUGCCUUUGUGGACAGAGUGAUCCUGCUGGCCAAUGACGAGAACAUGAGAGCCAGAUUCGGCAGAGAUGCCCUCCGGCAAGCCCGUGAGGCGACGUGGGACAAGAUCAACAACAAGGUGGCAUGGAAGAUGCUGGAUGAGAUCGAGCAGCGGGAGGCGGUCUUGGCUGAGAUGCAGCUGCAGGGAGACACAAAAGAACCGCACGGAGGUAUAUCUGCCGUGCCUGUCUUCGGCUGGUUGAUGCUGAGUGGCGCCUUUCGUGAGACCUUGGUCAACUCCCGCCUGGUAGGAGCCCUGGGCGUGAUUUUGGGCUUUUGGGGUGUCGUUGGGGUAUAUCUGGGCUUUACUAAGGCGAACCGGUGGGUGAGAGGCAUGUUCAGCAGGUCAUCGGCGUGA